AUGGCUACGGAGGCUACAGAUUUGACACCGCUGUUGGAGCAGCUGGAAGAUGACAUUGAUGAUCUAGAAGACGCUCUAGGGCCGCUUCUGGAGCGGGGACUAACCGCGACGGCGCAGAAGCUGCCUUUGCUGGACAAGGCAAAGCUCCAUAUUCUGCUCACAUACUCCAUUGAGUCUUUGAUAUUCUCAUAUCUGAGACUGAACGAUGUAGAUGCAAAAGAACAUCCCGUGUUCAGGGAACUGAAGCGAGUGAGGCAGUAUCAUGACAAGAUUAAGACCCUAGAGGCCCCUCCAGAGAAAAGAACAAUGACACUGGAUAAACAGGCUGCGGGGAGGUUUAUCAAGCACGGUCUUGCCGGAAACGACAAGUUUGACCUCGAGCGCGCCGAGAGAGAAGCAAAGGAGAAAGCGAUGGCACAGCUACGGGCUGCACAAAUGGCUAAGAUGAAGGCGAAGGUAUCUGGAACAGUACCGCAGAAACGGUCUGCUGAAGAACCCGACUCGUCUGAACGUGACAGUACGGCAGUGUCGACACCGGAGUCAAAGAAGACUAAAAUAAUAGACCCUGAAGAUGAUGAUGACGAUGACGAACAAGAGGAGGAAGACGAGGAAGAAGGAGAAGAAGGAGAAGUGGAAGAAGAAGAUUCCGAAGCUAAUGAGCAGGCCGGUGAUAAGAAAGAAGAGGCGUUUAUCAAGCUGCCGACCGUGGAGAGCUUGCAAAAGAACGAGAAAAAGCUAAGCAAGGCCGAGAAAAGGGCCAUGCACGGAAAGGACGGAAAAAUUGCCCCAAAGAGGAGGCAUAAGAAGAAAAAUAAGAAGUUCAAGAAAACUGGAGCUGCUCAACCUUCAAAUAACGGCUGA